AUGGACAGUGCUAGUCUCAGCGAUAACGAGGAUUUGCAUCCAAACAUGUGGAGUACGGAACCAGGGACGGAGUGCGAUUGCCAUGGACCACCUCCCAAAUUUCUCAUACCCCCGCCUCCUCGGCCGCCAUUCACGCAACCUGCAGAUUCAGUGUAUGGUACUGAGGAUUUCCUGCCUAUAGAAACUUGUGAUGCAUAUUCGGGUGGAUGGGGUAGCACUGCCACAUGUAUCAAGACAACCAGAGGUCUGUCAGGAGAAACGGUCCCACUACAACCUUUUGUUAUGCACAGUAGUUCGCAAAAUAACUCUAAUAACAAUAAUAAUGGUGAGGAUGUGGAAGGCCAGAAGGAGAAUCAUGAAAGGGCUUCAAGAGGUUCACAUCCUCAGGAAUUAGCGGCCCAAUGGGAACCUGACCCACCAAGGAGCCAGUCGACAGGCCAUAGUGGGAUUCCGGAAUUCUCACCACCCGAGAGAUCCAUACCAAUUGGUUCUCAAUUCAGAGAUAGUAGCGGAAAAAAAAGAAAACCAGUCUACGAUGGAAGAGAUAUAUUCGGAAAAAGUUCGAAAGUAACAAGGACACCAUCAAAAACAAAUAAUGAAAAUGAGGAUAAACUUGAUUUAUUAAUCAGAAUGAUGCGGGAACUGAAAUCGGAAUCUAAACAAAUAAAAACUGAGCAAGAGGAGUGCCGAGAAGAAAUUAAGAAAAUCAGAGAAGAAAAUCAAACACUAUGGAAAGAGAACCAAGAAUUGAAAAGAGAAAAUGAAGAAAUGAAAAUAAAAAUAGAAGAAAUUAGCGACAAGGUAGAAUGGCUCGAAAAACAAAGAAAGAAAAAUAAUGUGGUCAUCCAGGGAAUUAAGAUGGACACAAAUGACGCAGAAACAAUAAAGAAAACCAUAAAAAUUAUGAUGGAGAAAGAACUGGCGAUAGACGUGCAGGUGAAGGCGUCUCAUAAACUAGGAGAAAAAACAUGUCUGAUUGAGCUAGAAAAAGAAGAAGACAAAGAGAAAAUAAUGAAAAAUAAACAUAAACACAAACAUAACAAAAAUUAG